AUGGAGUUACAAGAAGAGAAGAGGGAGGAAGAAGAUAGAGGUGACCAGGAGCAGAAGAGGGGAGUCAAAAGGAGAGAGACAGAUCUAACCAGUAAUCAGUUCCCUAAGUGUUCUCCACAGCCCAGAACACCCAAAAAGAUUCACAGAGUUGGAUGCUUUCAAACUGUGAAAGCCUUCUACAAGAGAACAAGCUUUGUUGGACACAAAAGAACACACACAGGAGAGAGAAACUUUGAAUGUAAUGAAUGUGGGAAAACUUACUGCAGGAAAUCAAACCUUAUUGAACAUCUGAGAAUACACACAGGGGAGAGACCCUAUAAAUGUGGUGAAUGUGCAAAAACUUUUAGUGCAAGAUCAUACCUCAUUGCUCAUCAGAAAACUCACACAGGAGAGAAGCCCUUUGAAUGUAAUGAAUGUGGAAAAUCUUUUGGCAGGAAGUCACAACUCAUUCUACAUCAGAGAACACAUACAGGAGAGAGACCCUAUGAAUGUACUGAUUGUGGGAAAACUUUUUCUGAGAAGGCAACCCUCAUGAUUCAUCAGAGAACUCACACAGGGGAGAAACCCUAUGAAUGUGGCGAAUGUGGGAAAACAUUUCGUGUUAAGAUAUCCCUUACUCAACAUGAGCGAACUCACACAGGGGAGAAACCCUAUGAAUGUGGUGCUUGUGGGAAAAACUUUGGUGCAAAAAAAUCCCUAAACCAACAUCAAAGAAUUCAUACAGGUGAGAAACCCUAUAAAUGUGGUGAAUGUGGGAAAUUUUUCAGAUUGAAGAUGACUCUUAAUAAUCACCAGAGAACUCAUACGGGUGAAAAACCCUACCAGUGUAAUGAAUGUGGGAAAUCUUUCAGUGUGCACUCAUCUCUUGGAAUACAUCAGCGAAUUCACACAGGAGAGAAACCUUAUGAAUGUAACAAAUGUGGUAAUGCCUUCUAUGUCAAAGCACGCCUCAUUGAACAUCAGAGAAUGCAUUCAGGAGAAAAACCAUAUGAAUGUAGUGAAUGUGGAAAAAUCUUCAGUAUGAAGAAAUCCCUUUGUCAACACCAGAGAACUCACACAGGAGAGAAACUUUGUGAAUGA